CCCCGCAGGGAGGAUGGCGAGCUGGAGGAGGGCGAGCUGGAGGACGACGCGGGGGACGAGGCCCCUCCGAGCCGGCGGCACCGGCGCUCCCCGCGGCGCCGCAGCGCCUCCCCCGGCGAGCGCCCGCACCGCCGCCUCAAGCGCAAGCGCCGCAAGGACAAGGACAGGCGGCGCUCCAAGAAAAAGCGCAAAUCCAAGCACAAGCGGCACGCCUCGUCCAGUGAGGAUCUGUCGGAUUUCAGCGACGACUCCGAGUACAGCCCCGGCGAGAAGGGACACCGCAAGUACCGGGAGUACAGCCCGGUGUACCCGUCCCACCAGUACUCCCAGUUGCCCCGCAAGGGCCAUCCCAAGGGGGACCCCAAGGGCUACGGGGGCUCCUACGAGGAGUUUGAGGCCGAGGCCUUCGGGCCCUUCGAGGCCGAGGAGGAGGAGGAGGCGCCCAAGGACGACUUUGACGACUUCUCCAAGGAGCUGAGCCAGUACCGGCGCUGCAAGGAGGGAGCGCAGCGCGGCAGAGGCCGGGGCCGGGGCCGCGGUUUCCGGGGCCGGGGGCGGGGCCCGGGCCGGGGGCGGGGCCCGGGGCGGGGCCGGGGCCGCGCCCGCAGCGACCCCGAGGAUGAGGAGGAGCCCUUCGAGGAGGAGCUGGAGUACUGCGACCCCGAGGAGCCGCUGGCUGAGGAUGAUUUUGACGACUACGCCAAGGAGCUGUCGCAGUACCGGCGCAGCAAGGAGCGCGGCCGCGGGCUGGGCCGGGGCCGGGGCCGGGGCCCGCGGGGCCGGGGUGCCAAAGGGCCGGGCCGGGGCCGCGGGCGCGGGCGCAGCGCCGCGGGCAAGGCCGGCGCCAACGACGACGACGACUUCUACGACGAGGACGUGGGGGACGGGGGCGGAUUCCGGCGGGAGGACAAAGCUCACCUGGGCUCGGACAAGAAGGGCAAGGUGAUCUGCAAGUACUUCGUGGAGGGCAGGUGCACCUGGGGUGACCACUGCAACUUCAGCCACGACAUCGAGCUGCCCAAGAAGCGCGAGCUGUGCAAGUUCUACAUCACGGGCUACUGCGCGCGGGCCGAGAGCUGCCCCUACAUGCACGGGGAUUUCCCGUGCAAGCUGUUCCACACCACCGGGCUCUGCAUCAACGGCGACGACUGCAUGUUCUCACACGCGCCGCUCAGCGACGAGACCCAGCAGCUGCUCGACAAGAUGCUGGCCGAGGACGCCGAGGCGGGCGCGCAGGACGAGAAGGAGCUGCAGGAGCUGCGCAAGCAGGGCAUCGACCCCCUGCCCAAGCCCCCCCCGGGCGUGGGGCUGCUGCCCACCCCCCCCCGGCCCCCCUCCCCCCCCCGCGGGCUGCCCCUCCCCCCCGGGCCGCCCCCGCUGCCCCUCCCCCCGCCCAUGGAGCCCCUGGAGCCCCCCCCGGACCCCUUCAAGAAGAUCCCGUCGCUCUUCGAGAUCGUGGUCAGGCCCACGGGGCAGCUGGCCGAGAAACUGGGCGUCAGGCACCCCGGGCCGCCCCCCCCGCGCUUCCCCGGCCCCCCCGGGGGGCCGCCCCUCCCCCACCCGGAGCUGGGCCCGGGGCCCCCCCUGGGGGGGUUCGAGGAGCCGCCCCUCCCCCACCCGGGGCUGCCCCCGCCGGGGCCCGGCUUCUACGAGGGGGGAGGGGCGUUCUACCCCCAGGAGGGGCUGGAGAUGGAGCCCCCCCCCGGGGGGGAGGGGCCAGGGGGCACCGGGGGGGAGGGGCACCUGGGGUGGGGGAGGGGCCAGACCCCAAAAUCUCCUUUUCCACCCAAAAUCUCCUUUUUCCCCCCAAAUCACCUUUUCCCUCCCCAAAAUCUCCUUUUUCCCCCCAAAUCUUUUCCCGCAAAUCUCCUUUUUUCCCUCCCCAAAAUCUCCUUUUUUCCCCCAAAUCACCUUUUCCCUCCCCAAAAUCUCCUUUUUCCCCAAAAAAUCUCCUUUCCCCAAACCCCAAAAUCUCCUUUCCCCCCCCUCAAAAAUCUCUUUUUUCCCUCCCCAAAAUCUCCUUUUUUUCCCCCAGCAGACGACUACGGCUCCUACGAGGCCGCCGAGGGGCCCGGGGGGGACCCCCUGUUCGGGGAGGGGUCCCUGGAGGCCGAGGGGGCCCCGGGGGUGUCCGGGGGGGCUCCCGGGGGGGCUCCCGGGGGGGUGCCCGAGUUCCUGCCCUCGGCGCAGCGCGCGCUCUUCCUGCGCAUCCGCCACAAGCAGCGGCCCGAGGAGCGCGGCCGGAGAGCGGCCGAGGGCGGCCGCGGAGACAGGGAGCACGAGGAGGGAGACCCCGGCAAUUGGUACUCGAGCGACGAGGACGACGGCGGCAGCAGCGUCACCUCCAUCCUCAAAUCCCUGCGCCAGCAAAGCUCCGCCCGAGCCCCGAACCCCCCGGGGGACCCCCCCAGCGACCCCCGGCUGCAGCGACCCCCGCGCCCCGCCGACCCCCGGCUCCGGGACCCGCGGCUGGCCCGCAGCGCCGAGCCCGGCGCCGAGCCCGGCCCCUCGGACCCGCGGCUGGCCCGGCACGGCGCCAGGGCGGAGCCGGGGCCCCGAGCGGCCGAGGACGAGGAGGGCGAGCGGAUCCUGCGGGAGAAGCCCCUGCCCAUCCCCCUGGAGGCCGCGCCGGGGCUCCCGCAGCGCGACCCCCGCUGCCAGCUGCAGCAGUUCUCGCACAUCCGCAAGGACGUGCUGCUGCUGCGCCCGCCCUUCGCCCGCUCCGUGCUCUGGAGCCCCGAGGAUCUCAUCCCGCUGCCCGUGCCCCGGCAGGAGCCGCCCGCCCCGAGCCCCCUCCCCGCGCCCGGCCCCGACCCUCGCCCGCUCCGGCCGCCCUCCGGCCCCUCGGACCCGCGGCAGCCGCGCCCGCCCGCCGGCGACGCCGCCGCCUCCUCCUCUUCCUCCUCCUCUUCCUCCUCCUCGUCCCUGCCCGACUUCGAGCUGCUCUCCAGGAUCCUCAAAAGCGUCGCGGCCUCGGCGGGGGACAAACCCAGCGACCCCCGCGUGCGGAAAGCUCCUCCGGCCGACCCGCGGCUGCAGAGAUCCCCGGAGCGCGGCGAGUCCCGGGACGCGCCCGACGCCGGCCCGGCCAUCGCUCCCUACGACCCGCGCCUGAGCUGGGGCGGCUCCGGCCAGAGCAGCGUCCUGAGCGCCAUCAGCCUCUACGACCCCCGCAGCCCCGGCGCGGGGAAAGACCCCCAGAACGAUGGGACCCCGGCCCAAAAAGCCGCCGGCGAGCCGGGCAAAGCGGGCCGGGCCAAGGAGCCGCCGUUCGUGCGGCGCUCGGCGCUGGAGCAGCCGGACGGCGCCGAGCGCCCCGAGCCCACGGACAGGUACAACAGCUACAACCGGCCCCGCGGCAAAGCCGAGAGCGGCGGCGCCCAGCCCGGCCUCCACAACCUGCCCGUGCCCCCCGUGCCCCCCGUGUUCGGCCUGGGCAAGGCCGGGGCUCGGCCGGGCGCCGGGAGCCCCUUCCCGGGGGGCAGCCCCGGGCGGGAGCCCUCCGAGGACGGCGGGGACAAAGCCUCGCUCAAGGACGUCUUCAAGGGCUUCGACCCCACGGCCUCGCCCUUCUGCCAGUGAGGGAGGGCGGGCAGGGGGCGGAACCGGGGCGGGGCUGGGGGAACGGGCGGAAAAACGGG